CAAGAAGGGCGCGAAAAGUGGGUGAAUACAGUGAUAUGAGAGGCGCGAAAACCCUAAGUUCUUAGUGCCUCCUUCUCUGACGGAAUGAUGCAUAGGACGGAUCAAUGGCGGCGUGAAUUUGAUUCACAAACAUUUGUUUAAGCGGUGGGCGAGGAUAUGAUCUGUGGCACUUGUACCACAGCUUCUAAAUCACUUUAUACUCUUUGAAAAUUAUACCCGAUCCAUAAUAGUUCUCAGUUCAACCAGUGAAAAGUUUUCUUUGGUAGAACGCAAAGGCUUGCAAUAAGUUUCAAAGAACUAUUGUUGCAGAAAUCAUUCAAUUUUCGGGUUCAGUUCUUCUCCAAUUGCUCCCCUAAGAAGCUAAGAAUGGAUAGUAAUCUUAAUUGUAGCAUUGAGGGCAACAAAAAGGUGUGUAGAGGUGCCUUGGUUGUCCUAGAAGGCUUGGAUCGUUCUGGGAAGUCCUCUCAGUGUAGCAGACUAGUCAAUUAUUUUGAGAGUCAAGGAAUUUCUGCUGAAUUAUGGAGAUUUCCUGACAGAAACACUGAUGUUGGGAAAAUGAUAUCUGCCUAUCUUACUAACACUUCACAGUUGGAUGAUCAUACUAUUCAUCUCCUCUUUAGUGCCAAUCGUUGGGAGAAGAGGUCACUGAUGGAAACCAAACUCAAAUCUGGAACAACUCUCAUUGUUGACCGCUAUUCAUAUUCUGGUGUGGCUUUCUCCGCUGCCAAGGGACUUGAUAUUGAGUGGUGUAAGGCUCCAGAGGUUGGGCUGCUUGCUCCGGAUUUGGUAGCUUACCUUGAUAUUCCACCGGAGAAAGCCGCAGAAAGAGGAGGAUAUGGAGGUGAGAGAUAUGAAAAGUUGGAGUUUCAGAAGAAAGUUGCUGAAAGUUACAAAGCUCUUCAUGAUGUCUCCUGGAAGUCUGUAGAUGCUUGCCAACCCAUUGAAGAUGUGGAAAAACAGUUACAGGAGAUAGUAUUUGAUUGUGUCACAGAGUGUCAGAAGGGGAAGAAGCCGCUCUCCCUCUUGUGGUAAAAGUAGACUUAUCAUACUCUUGAAAGGGAUAUAGACAAAUAUGUGAGGAUCAAUCAUGAACCUUAUAAUAUUCGGUUGUGUUUGUUUCAUUCUUAUUUCCUAUGUAUCAUUAGUUAGACAUUUGUUUUCUAUAUAUAUAAUGGCAAAUAGGCUUUUUGUAAUCUCGGUGGAAACCUUUAUAGUUUAUACACUACAAUAGAGUUUCUUGGCUAUGGUAUUGAAGUUCAUAUUCUCCAAUUUGGCC